AUGAGCAAGACAUACAGUGCUGCGCACGCGGAGAGUGGCAGCGUUGGAGGACGUCACAAGCGGCGUCUACCUCCCGUGCUCUCCGAGUCCUCCACAUCGAGCCCGAAAUGUCCUUUGAGAAGGUGCGCUACUGCGAAGACCCUGGAGAGCCUGCGCUCCCCGCAACCGGUGCGGCCGAACGUCGAGGAUGAGUCGGACAAGCGCCUGCGCGACCUGGGGUACAAGAGCGAGUUCCGGCGGGAGAUGAGCUUGUUCGGAGUCUUGGGGAUAUCGUUCUGCGCGGUCGGGAUCUUGAUAGGGAUAAGCAGCGCGUCGCUGUUCUCGGGUGGGCGUUGGGGUUGUUCUGGGGGUAGAACGAUCACGGUCUGGAGCUCCCGGGGGUUCGUGGUCCUCCUCGGCUUCCUCCCAGCAGUCUACACCCUCGAGGGCUGCGUGACCGCCGCGCAAGUCGCCCAAGAAGCCAAGAGCGCAGGCUUCCUUGCCCCAACCGCCGUUGUCUUCUCCAUCGUCGGCUCCUGGCUCGUCGGGCUCGCGUACAUGCUCGAGCACCUCUUCUCCGUGCAAUCCAUCGCCUCCGUCCAGGGCACGUCGUACGCGAUCCCCAUCGCGCAAUCGUAUCAUGACACAGUGGGGAAGAGGCUGACGCCGCGGCCCAGUUUAUGGCGGCGGUGA